AUGCCUAAGGGAGGAAAAAACAACAGAAGAGGAAAGAAGGAAGAUGGAGAGAACAAACGAGAAUUGAUCUUCAAGGAAGAUGGCCAAGAAUAUGCUCAAGUACUCAAAAUGCUCGGUAAUGGUAGAAUAGAAGCUAAGUGUCUUGAUGGUGAGACUCGAUUAGCUCAAAUCAGAGGUCAAAUGAGGAAGAAGGUGUGGAUCGUAGUAGGAGAUAUCAUCCUACUUUCCUUAAGAGAUUUCCAGGAUGAUCGAGCCGAUGUUAUCCAUAAAUACACAGCGGACGAAGCACGUAAUUUGAAGACUUAUGGUGAACUAAAAGAUUUCACUUUGGUCGAAAACGCAGAAGCCGGAAGUGAUGAAGAGGAAGAAGGUAUCGAAUUCGAGGAAGCUGAUAUUGAUGAUAUUUGUGAGUUUUACAUAUCGCCGUCCCGACUUUGCCCUUGUUCUCCCCUUCAAAUCAUACUUUUCUGGUCAAAUCCAACGUGGUCUUCUCAAAUACCUGUGUAA